AUGUUAUCUGGAAAUCUGUCGAAACGAAGGAAUGACCAACUCCUUUCCUUGCACAUGACCGAGGGUAAGUGAAUGUUCGCCAGUCUUCUCCUAGUUCUUUGAGCUCUCGAAGGAAGUUUAUACAAAUCCGUUGAACCCUACAGGGAUUCUCCCCUUGCUUUACAACUGGUUUUUAGUCCCAAAAAAAGAGGCAUCUGCAGAAGGUGUCGUCGUCCCCGAAGGGUUACAGUGAGUGGGGACUGAAGUUGACUUAACUCCCAUUUUGUUUCUUAAAUGCACUCUUUUUUGUUUGUUUCCUUCAAAUACCUCGUGCUGGUUUUUAGUUUCCAUGCGAGGUGAGCAGUACAUUUUCCUAUCUGAUUGCCAAUCCCGAAAAAUCUGCGCACGUCACUCCUGUCAAGGUAGAGAAGGAUCCAUGUUGAGGAUGGACUAUGUCUUCUCUACAUUGGAUAUAAUAGGCCAUUUUACAGUGGUGUACUUAGAUGCCAAGCCUUUGAUUUGGAGUGAUGCUGAAGGUGACCUUGUUGUGACAGAGACCAGUAUCUAGUUAGCAUGAUAAAGAAAUUUACAUCUGAAAAGCGGCAACGUUUGUCUCAUAACAAGGUCACCCUUAACCUCACUCUUAAUCAAAGGUUUGGCAACCGAGCACGUAACUGUAAAAUUGACUAUUCGUAGCCGUUCCAUACAGAACAAAAACGUGAAAUCACCAGCUAGUGCGACCUCUUAGCGAGGAAUCCUCGACAGGAGUUCAUUCACGUUUUAAUUUGAACUGAGUAAUACAUUCAUGUUAUGCCGAGGGGGAGAUGUAGCUCUAAGAAUCAGGAAACGCAUAGAGCUAUUAAAACGCAAUUUUAAACAAUAUCCAAUCAAAACGUUCCUCGAGUCGUUUCUUUCAUUGUCAUAGUUUGCGUCAUCGAGUAAUGGACUUUGUGCACGCUCUUAAUCAUAUCUUGUAUUAUCCGUUCGAUGAAUUUUUUCUUAAUUCCUCCAAUUUAAAGGGUAAAAUUUGUACACCAUGCUCGUUCACAAGCUAAGGACCAUCGUACAUCUUUACCUGGUCCAUUUAUUGAAAAACAGUACCAUGUUCUUAGAGUGCGCGCCCGCUUAUUCGCCUGAUUAGGUGAUUUUUAUGCCCAGUACAAUUCUUAAAAAACACCUUAAAUCUUCCUGAUUAAUUCUGCGUUUUUGACAAUAGCCACGUAGUGGAGAUAAAUAAUAUAUCGGGACAAAUGGUGCCCUUGUAUGAAUUUAAUAAAACCUUCCCGGAAUGAUAUUAGUGAAAUAUUCAAGGAAUUGACACUAAGUUGUUUCUCCAGUAACACGAACGGUGUUUGACGAACUUCUUUCAGGAUAUCAAAGUAACAUCAUAAAUAAUCCAUAAAUACUGUUAGUACCUAGCAUAAUUAUCUAGCUUAUAGAUAUAUUCACAGAUACUAAGAAAGCGUGUGCCCCCGGCGAACUAUUAAUGAAUUUCACUGAACUCUGGGAAAUCGUAGUAUUAUAUUAUGGAUUCAUCUAGAUAAUUUUUAUUUGUACUUUGUGUACGAAGCGGUUUGUCCCUGUUACCUGACUGGAAUUAUUAUAUUUCACUACAUUUAGACGUGCCAUGAAUCCGUCUAUCUUUAUUUCGACGGUGUAUUAAACAUGUCAAUUUGUUACGUGCUAGCACGUAUGUUCAGGAUUUUGCGGCAUAUUGAGCAAGCUUGUCAAUUAGUUAAAUGGACUUUUAAGAAUGUUACUCUUAUCCUUCCAUGUUGAAUUUUCGAGAUCAAAACUAUUAUUAGCAUAUCUGAUCCGAGUCAAUGUUGCGAUGAUGUCCCGUGCAUUAAUAUAAUUUCACAAAUGCAUUACCACUCUCGUAUUCAACAUAAUUGUUUCAUGCCUAGUCUUGACUUCUUCUCUACAUUUUUUGUAGGAUUUCUGUGAUAAAUUAUUGCUGCCCUUUUUUCAAAGUAAAUUUUAAUCUUGUAAUUCAAUUUUAAGUAUCUAUGGCAAUGCCAAAAAUAUUAAAAUCCGCAUCAUUUUCAUGCUAGAUGGCAGGUGUUGAGUCCGUCAACAAACUUCCAACGUCACCAAAAGCGAAUGCUCAUCGUAGGUCAAUUAACAUUGAGUAGGCUUACCUCUCUGACAUAUCAGCUUAUACUUAAUUCGAAACACAUGUAUUGAUAUCUACGUUAAAUUGCUCUUUACGUCAGUUUGUCUCAUAUAAACAGCAGGAGAGAAAGGGUAAGCAAUAAUUUCAAAUAUCACGAAUUAUUUUGGUACCGAUAUCCGAUGAGUUAAAGAACACAUUCUCUGUGUCGCAAAACGCUGAGUUAAUUUUUCGUAAUCCUAAUUCUAUUUCUUUCUUCCAAUCGCUCAUCACGUCCUUUAGUCUCAUAGACGGCUGGAAAGGAAAGGGCAUGCAGUCAUUUUGAAUUCGUUGUUCUUAUGAAGAAAAGAAAUAUUUGUAAAUAGAACAGGAGAGAUGGUAAGUUUUGCGCUCGGUGAAGAAAUAGAGAAAGAUGGUUUUCGUCCCACGAGCGUGGGACAAAGAAAGUCCCAAUAAGGAGUCGAACCUCAGAACUUCAGAUUCUGUACUCUGAUGCUCUACCACUGAGCCUUAUGGACUCAGUAACAUCUUUAUCUAAGAAAAGAAAUGUAUUAGGUUCGAUAUCCAAGGAUUAAUGGAAGAAAAUGACAUGGCAUAAAGAACACAGUCUCUUUCCUCGUAACACUGAAGUAAUUUUUUUUGUAAUCUUAUACUUAUUUCUGUUUUAGUAAUAUCAUCAUUAUGUGUAACUAUUUUCAUCCAAGGGAGUUGAUAUAUUUAUCUUUACCAAAUAUACGAUAUCGACACGCCUGGUGGCUGCACUAUGCAUUUAUUAGCGUUAUCUUAGUUCGUAGGGAAGAGUAAAAAAAGAGCGGAAUCUUUCUCUAGUUCUCCUUUGAAUUUAAAUCAAUGUGAUCGAGUUUUAAAAGGCGGAAUAGUGAAUAGUAAGAUCUACAUCAGCUGACAGACAAGGCACUUAUUUUCAUCAUUUUUAACUCGUGAAUUGCGCGCAUGUGCAAGAGCGAGUUGUAGAUACGAUGUGGGGAAUAGCACUCGCUCGCUCGUUCGCUCGAUUGGUCGAUUCCUGUAAACUUUUUUUCGAUUUUAGGCUUUCGUGUGCAUUUGAUAGUUUUUGGCGAGCAAUAAACAAACGAAAUGGCGACCUUUGUAGCUAAGAAUAGUGGUGAGGUGAAAAAGAAGCCAAUGAUAAUCUUAAAAGAGUUUUUUUUUUCGUUUUAGUUUCAACAAGCGGUGCCAGCGACUGGCAGGCAUGUAAGGAUUCACACUGAAAUAACAGAACAACCUUCGUUUUCCAUAAAGAUGUAAUUUACAAUCCUUGAACUUGAAAACAAUCCGAAGAUUUAUUGAAAAUAUCACUUACUGCGAAGCGCUCGGAGUUUACAGAUGUUCAAAAGCUUUUUCUGUUAUGGCGUUAAUUACGUUUCUUAUCGUGUGUUUUUCCUGUGUGAAGCAACAGAAGAUGCCGGCGACUGACGAAAUUACAAGUUAACACGAAAAUCAAAUAGCACCUAAACAAAUAAUUUUAGCUACCGAUUUUCAGUGAAUUUUUAAAGAAUAAUUUUCUUUUAAGUUUCAAGACAAUUUGAAGAUUCAAAUGACAUAUUACGUACUAAAAUGCGAAAGUUAUACACCACAAAAUUGAUAAAUAGGCCUGAAAUUAAAUUCUACCUUGUUACUGAUUAUACGUUGCCUAGCACGUGACUAAAAUCUACCCAGGCGGAGAUCCAAAAUGAAGGUGGCAGUCUUGGCUUAGUUAUAUCCCUCAAAACUCGUUCCCGUUUGUCUCAUUUGAUAAAGAGGGAAUCGUUGAUGUUUUCAUUAAGACAGUAUUGCCUUGAUUUUCUAAUAUUUACAAUGAUAGACAGUAAAUUUCACUUUUCACCCACAUUUACUUCCAACCUUUUCUUUUGAACUAGAAGCAAAAAUGAUAUACAUUUAAAACACAUGACAUCAUCCACCCUUGUCAAAUGUAAUAGCAUUAUCAUUUCAAUUGUAGUGCCUUCUUAUCCCAACGUUACUUUGCUACAUUAGCAAACACUGAACUACUGCUCGUAAUCUAGAUAUGACAAUCAACCACAAAAUUCCCUAAACCAGAUAACAUGCAGUGCUAUGUUCGAGCAGCAUUAUUUCAACAAGGAAGGUAAUUUUUUUUUCUUUUCUUUUCCUUUGGAGGGUUGGGCGGUUGAAAGUUAAUUCUCCGGAUUGAGUGCAAUGGUAGAAAAUCAAAACUUACAAAAUUUUCAUGCCACGCGUCUGGUGCUUCCAAUUGCCUUCCAACGUCGCUACAAGCGAAUACAAUUUACCUUAUGAUAAUUGAUUACGCCUGUUAAAACAUAUUUUUAAAAAAAAACAACAAUGACAAAGAAAACAAUUGGGAGCUUUUACAGGAUGAAGAGUGCUAUCUAAGAAAUCAUUUUUCUUUUAAUAAGACUCCUCAAUGUAACUUGAUUUAUCGCGAUUACACCAGCAAUCGGUAAAUAUGCGGCAUUUAUUUUGUGUAAGGUGCAAUUGUGUUUUGGUUGUUUUCAAAAGAUGACACAUCUAAGAAACAUAUUGCGCGUCCUAUAAUUUGAGUUUUCAAAGCAUCAAUGAAACUCUUGAAAACAGAAAGAAAACGAGGAAGGGGAAACGAUCUUUUUGUUUGGCUUUUUUUUCAUCAUAUUUGUAAGCGGUUUAAUCUUUACUCGACGGGAAGCUCGCGAUAAAAAAUGGAAUCACAAUGAAACCACAAUCAAUUAAGGUUCCCCUCAAGUGAGCUUUUGUUCCGUUGAACACAAGUUUUUCAUUUAUUGUAAUCGUUGAAAAUCAAUCUAUGUAAUUGUUUGGUCAUUAAUCGAGACAACUAUGCGAACCAGAUUGAUGUACAUUGUUAUGAUAUCCAGUCGGUAAACAUUAUAAAGCAGCCAACCCACAUAUUAACCGCGGCAGGAGGCGGCUUUUAGCGAAUAUUCAAGACAGAGUGAAAUAUUUCUUAAACUUAAAUUCAUUUCUUUUUCUUUCCCCGUAGACUGGAAGAUUUACCACAUCACUUUCUAUUGCAUUUCUUGGGUGGUAACUUCGAAGUAAAACCGGUUCAUUUACUCGUCAAGUAUGAGUAACUUCGCAUGUAAUAAUGCAACACAAUUCAAUUCAUACUGCUGCAAACCGUUUCAAAGCGACACGAACGCAAUCAAAGGAGUUAAAAUACUAUGUUAUUGCGUUCUUCUAUUGAUGUCAGUGAUUGGAAACACGUUGCUCGUUGCCAUCAUUAAGACGAAUAAACGAUUGCAGACCAUUACGAAUUAUCUCAUCGCCAAUGUGGCUGCCUCAGACAUUAUUAAUACACUAUUGGUUGUUCCGCGACAAAUAACAGAAAUAUUGCUUGGUCCACGCUCAUGGCUGGUGAGUGGAUUGUUGGGCUCCAUUCUCUGUAAAAGCGUUUCCUUUUUACAAGACAUUACAACUGCUGUCUCAAUUAUAAGUCUCGUGGUCAUCACCACUGACAGGUACAGAGGAAUUGUAUUUCCUUUCCAAAAGCAACUUAUGGGUCCUGCUAAGCUCUGUAAAGUUAUCAUUCCGUUGAUAUGGAUCGUAUCUAUGCCUUUUCACCUAGUGUACUUCGAUAUUUUCCACACUGAAACAAACAAUGGAGAAACAACCUGCCGGCCACUCUGGAGUCCAGAGUCUCAAAAAACAAGUUUUACAGUAAUAUUUGUUUGUUUAAUAGUUGUUCCAGCGUGCGUCAUUACAUUUCUUUAUUUGCGGAUUAUCCAUAAUCUCAAAAGAAACAGAGCUGCUCUGAGCCAAGGGCCUCUACGGAAACGACUGAAAGAAGACGUUAAAGUCGUGAGGAAUAUCAUUGCAAUACUUGUUGUUUUCGUGGCUUGCAUGACUCCAAUUAGUAUCUAUGGAAUGCUGGUCAUGUUCGUUUGGGAUAAGAAAGUGCCUUGUGGCAUUGAAAACUACGGUUUUGCUGCCCACUUUAUUCUUUAUGCAAACGCGUCGGUCAAUCCAUGGAUAUAUUUUGUAUUGAACGAUAAAUACCGUCGUUGUUUCAGGAACAUUUUAAGGAAACUUCGUAUCGUCAGAAGGGAGAAAAAGUCUCGAGGAGGAUCACCACUCGCACUAGAAAUGUCAGGUUUUCGACCAACUGCUUAA